GCUGGCUGUGUGACCACAAAGGGUUAAAUCGAAUGUAUGCAAGCUGCAUGUAACCAGUGUUAAACGAGGAAGGAGACAGUCGGGCGUUUCUGUGGCUGCUGGUUUAACUCUCUUCAACAAUGUCGCUUUUUAAUUUUUUGUUGGGUGUUGACCUCAAGGUGCUCUUCCUGAUUAUUUUUAUUUUUAUCCUAAUAGCAGACUUCCUCAAAAACAGGAAUCCUCCAAAUUUUCCUCCAGGACCGAUGGCUCUUCCCUUUGUAGGGAAUUUCUUCAGUGUGGACAGUAAACGGCCACACAUUUAUUUUACCAAGCUGGCUGAUGUCUAUGGAAAUGUGUUCAGCUUCCGCUUCGGUAGUGACAAGAUGGUGUUUGUGUCUGGGUACAAGAUGGUGAAGGAAGCCUUGGUGACACAAGCCGACAAUUUUGUGGAUCGACCAUACAGUGCAAUGGUUGACAGGUUUUACUCCGGAAACUCAGGUGGUCUGGUCGGGAGCAAUGGUGAACCAUGGAAAAGACAGCGACGCUUUGCCUUGUCUACAUUACGUAACUUCGGCCUGGGCAAAAGCACCAUGGAGCAGAGUAUCUGUGAGGAGAUCCGACACCUGCAGGAGGAGAUUGAGAAGGAGAGAGGUGAACUUUUCAGCCCAGCAGGCCUCUUCAACAAUGCGGUGUCCAACAUCAUUUGCCAGCUGGUGAUGGCGAAGCGUUUUGACUACAGUGAUCACAACUUCCAGAUCAUGCUGAAGUAUCUGUCUGAAGCUAUUCAGCUGGAGGGCUCUGUAUGGGGUGCGCUGUAUGACUCAUUCCCUGGAAUAAUGAAGUACAUGCCAGGUCCUCACAACACACUGUUCAGCCACUACCACGCCAUCCUCGACUUCAUCAAUGAGGAGGUAAAGAGCCACAAGGAGAACCUGGACUACAGCGAGCCCCGGGACUACAUUGAUGCUUUCAUCAUUGAAAUGGAGAAACACAAAGAAUCUGACCAGGGCUUCACUGAAACCAAUCUGGCUCUGUGCUCUCUGGAUCUGUUCCUGGCUGGAACUGAGACGACUUCCACCACUUUGCAGUGGGCUUUGAUUUACCUCAUCAAAAACCCUGAGAUCCAGGACAAAGUCCAGGCGGAGAUAGACAGAGUGAUCGGACAGAACCGUCCACCCAGUAUGGCAGACAGACCCAACCUGCCCUACACUGACGCUGUCAUCCAUGAGAUCCAGAGGAUGGGAAACAUCGUUCCUCUCAAUUUAGCCAGAAUGACCACCAAGGACACAACGCUGGGUGGUUACUUCAUACCCAAGGGUACGGCCUUGAUGUCCAACCUGACCUCUGUGCUGUUUGACAAGACUAAAUGGGAGACUCCAGACACCUUCAACCCCGGACACUUCCUGGAUGCUGAGGGAAAGUUUGUGAAGAGGGAAGCCCUUCUGGCUUUCUCUGCAGGGAAACGUGUGUGUCUUGGAGAAACCCUCGCCAAGAUGGAGCUGUUCCUGUUUUUGGUCGGGUUACUACAGAGGUUCUCUUUCUCCGUUCCUGAUGGAGUCGAGCUGAGCACAGAGGGAGUUGUAGGAACAACACAUGUACCGCAGCCCUUCAAGGUUUACGCCAAGACUCGCUGAAUUAUCAUUUUACAUCUAGUCGCUGUGCAACAAAUUAGAUCAAGCAAAAAGCUUUAGGCAGUGAAAUGACAUCUGUGAAUAGUUAGGUAGACUUUUCUAUUGGUGGUAUGCAUGCGUGCACCCGAGCAAGCAUCUGAUGGGAACGAGUGCCCACAUUGAGUCACUGCUGCAAUAUUCUCCAUUUAAAAUGGACUUUUCUUUGGGUUCCUUUGGUUAACUGGUGUUCCUUCGCCUUUCCCUAUGUGUUAAUGGACAUGUUCCUGACGAUACACUUUAUUCUGGGUUAACUGAUCUGAACUCCCGAGGGAGUUAGCAGACUAAGUUAGCAUGUUUAAACUUUGGUUAACGGUACCUCUAUAUUAUUAACAACGUAACUGGUAAACAAGUAUUGAUAAGCUAGGUCAAUAUACCUCACUACAUGUACGUGUAUGUAUUGUUACCCUGCUUCUGUUCUUUAAUAUCAUUGUGUAGUUGUUACCUGCAGGCACAUAUGACUGCCCUAUUAAAGCAUGACCCAGCCACACGGUCGGCAGGUCUUUGAUGUUGAUAGUUUGGUAUUGAUAUGAGUGUAAGUGUGCUUUUGCUAUUGAUAGUUAUAUUUGCUUUGAUAGAACUAUCAGUUUGAUUAUUAUAGCUUUAGAUUUCUCCUGCUAGUAACUGUAGUACUAUAACUGAGAUUAUCUUGUAUUCAUUAUCAGCAAAGCUUACUCUAGUUAAUUUGUUUGUAGUUACUGCUAUUCUGGUGUAUGUACGUUUUAUUUCCUAUGUCUUUCAGACCACUAACCUACAUUUGAAUAUAAUUAAGGUCUACUCUACUGCUGUGCUGGAUCAAUGAUAUAUCACUGUGUUCUGACCGGCACCCAAGGGCGAGUGCAAUCUAACUAUUCCUCAACCAGUUUCACCUAUUUUACAGGCAGUUUGGAGAACACCGUAGUUCCUUAUAAAUCACAACUCUUUACUGUUGUAUGAUUGCCUCAUGUACUUUUUAUUCUCUCUGUCAGGACAUUUAGCUUUGUGUAAUAAAGUUUUACAUAAAACAUUCUUGUAUUAA